UCCUCUCUGAUUAACAAAUUAUCUAAGUCUAUAUAUGCACAUUUUAUUAAUUAAACUUUUGCGGGUUGCGUCCUGAAAUUUAUUUAUUUCCGGGUUGUAGCCCGCAGCGAGCAGUGGCGCUGACCUCUGGCCUAAGACAUGGCUGCAAAAGAGGAAGCGACCGCAAGCGAAAGCGAGGAGUACGUGUACAGGAUUAGCACUGCUAAGGAGUGGGAAGAAUUGCAGAAGGAUGGAUCUAUUUUUGGUGGCGAUCUUGACAAAUCUUCCGGCUUCAUCCACCUCAGCAAGCUCGAUCAGGUGAGGUCAACACUGCAGAACUUCUUCUUGAACACUACUUUGGAAUUGUAUCUGCUUCAAGUUGAUGCUAAGAAGCUUGGAGAUGGAUUAGUAUAUGAAGUUGUGGAUGGUAUCAACAGCUUCCCUCAUUUUUAUGGCCCCUCUGGAAGUUACAUCCCUCUUCCUUUAGAUGCUGUCACUAAAGCAGAGAAGAUUACCAUAUCAAAUGGCCAAUUCAAUUGUAAUUUGCUGAAUUAAGUAGCUCACUGUCAUUUCCUUGUAUUAAUUAUUAUGUAUUAUUACUACCGUACCAUACAAAAGACUUGAAAAAUAAUUUGUGGCAGGUAUUAAUCAUCGAAUGAAUCAUGUCGUUGACAAGCUCUGAAUUGUUAUAGCAAUCAGUGGGCCUGCAAUUGUAUUUGAUAUUAAAUAGAUCACCCUGCAGGAUAAA